AUGAUGCGCUUGAUAUCAACGCUUGCGCUGUUGUGGCUCCACUCGCAACCAGUUUUCUCGCAGCAGUACCAACUGCUUCAGCACUACAAUGCUUCAAACUUCUUUGAAGAGUUCCAUUUUUAUACGAGCCCGGAUCCUACAGGCGGAUUUGUCCAAUAUCUUCCUUUUGAAAAUGCAUCAACAACAGGCAUUGUUAGCAAUGAGACCGGACUCGUUUACCUGGGUGUCGACAGUACCCAUAUUUACACACAAACUGAUCAGGGCCGUCCCAGUGUCCGCCUGGAAAGCAAAAUGACCUUCACAGAGGGUCUUUUCAUCAUCAAUCUUACACAUAUCCCGGUGGGAUGUGGAACAUGGCCAGCUUUUUGGACAGCUGGGCUGGGUGAUUGGCAGAAUGACGGAGAAAUCGACAUCAUUGAAAAUGUAAACGAUGCUCGCACGAAUAAUGCGGCUCUCCAUGCUGCAGGGUCUUGCAGAGUACUCAAUUCGUCUUCCCAGACCGGACUCUGGAAGUCAACGGAUUGUAAUACUAAACAUGACGGCAAUCAAGGCUGUGGUAUAACCUUCACUGAACCUUACAACUAUGGUGCUGAGUUCAACGCAAAUGGUGGUGGCAUUUAUGCUAUGGAAUGGAAGAAUGACAGCAUAGACAUAUGGUUCUUCACGCACGAUAAGAUACCGAGCACCCUAAAGGACGGCACGGCUAUCCCAAAUCCCCAGGCUUUCGGAACUCCAAGCGCAAGUUUCGCUGGCCCGUGUUCCGACUCGUUCGGAGAGAAAUUCUUCAAUCACACGAUUAUCAUCGACACCACCUUCUGUGGAGGCUAUGCGGGUGGUUUAUUCGGCAGCGGGGCUUCAGAGUGCCCUGUGUUGGAAAAGUCCACUCCAAUUGCUAGUUGUGUGGAUUACGUUGCACGCAACCCGACCCUUUUCGAGGAUGCCUGGUGGGGUAUUCAGAGCUUGAAGGUAUGGGAGGAAGUGUAUGCGUAUACACCAGGUCUAGGGGUGAACACCACGUUUGUGAUUGAAACCCCACCGCCAAAUUAUUUGAGUGUACCUCCAUCGACAAGUGGCGUGCUCAGUGUCUGGGGGAAUGACAAAUCGAAUACGACCACCAUAAAACUUUCGCGGAGCGCCAAGCCUACUACGAAGAAGACGAAGACGACGAAGUCUUCACGAAAACCCCCUAAGCAAACCAAAAACUACGUGCCGUCUUUUGAAAAGCAUCCAAAACAAACUUCUGCACCUUUUUUACUGAGUGAUCCAAAGGUGGGUUACAGUGACGUAUUCCUCACAAUAAAAUCUUCAGGGUCAAUACCCACCAAAACUUCAAGUACCCUCGAAGCUCUUACAUCAACUGGUUUUGUUAUCGAUAAUUUGGAUCUAGGUGGCGACUUCUCAUCAGUAUCUCCUGAUGAAGCGGAAGGCGUAGUGAAAGGCUCAAAAUGGUAUGACUGGGAAGUUGAUGGUGAAGAUAAGUUGCCAGAUGUUUAUGCGGAAGGUUUCCCCCCCGGAAAUACAGGAGACUCAACGCCUGCUUUCAGUCCUGUGACUAUUGAGGACUAUUUCCCGGGAGAAGGCCCUCAAAUGUCUGAGAUUUCGGAUACUCUGGCUCCAACUGCGAGUAUUCUCAUUCCCACAAACGUAAACUCUCGAUCCAAGUCAACUUCAGUCGGAAAUUAUGCGGCUACAACCGACUUGAGUGGUUCGAAACCGAUAAAUGCUCUUGAUUGGGGAGUUAUAACAUCCAAGCAGCUCGGUGGUACAGUUGGAAGCGUGAAUCCAGAUAGCAGUCUUGGAACUGUGUCCCCUUACCAGAACGGAAUAUCACCCAGUUAUCCCUUGAUUCAAGCUAGCGAUGGGAAUAGCGUACCCAAAAACCCAGGCUUCGGGGAUACUACAUCUCUACCCAACACUCCGGCAUCUAUAUGGGAAGCUCUUGGAGACGGCAUACAGGAUCAGAUCCUGGCACUUGCAAAUAGCUUACCUGCAAAUCCUACUAACGUACCCGGAGCUCCUGUGACGGAUGCAGUUGAGCCCAAACCACCAAUGGCAUAUAGCAGUACACCUGUUGCUGCUCUCGACAAAACAGAUACAAGCCAAGCCAUUGGAACGCUUCUGGGGUUCUUCAAUGAAGCAGCGAAACAGCAGAUCACCGAUUUGGCAGACUUGCCUCCAGGAGGAAUGACACGAUCAGAGGCAACGACAUCUCAGGCAUCCAAUAAAUCACUGGACACUGCAGGUUUGAAUCUCGGAGAAAAGAAACAGCUCUCAGAUAUUUGUCCAGGUAUAGCCUUCGAUUUGAGUCCCCUGGAACGUUUGCUGUCAGACCUGCAAGACCCACAAGCUGACCCGCAGCUCAUUCUCGGAAGGUUGCGAAAUGACCUGGAAGCUCAAUCCGCGAAGUUGCAACAGUGUAUUUGGAGCUUGAAAAAUUACGUUGGAAAUCUCGAAUCUUCCGAGAAGGCGUUGCAUGCAAGGCAAGAGCCGCCGAGUCUAACGGGGAAUGUGGAGUUCGACAAUUAUUUGCAACAGAAAGAAAGUGGGAAGAAAGGGAAGUGGAACUAUGGAAUCAUGAGCAAAGAGGAGAGAGAGAAACUUGAAAAAGCUGCCAUGGAAAGUGCCGCUCAGAAGAAAGAAACCCCGCCGAAAUCAUAUCCUCACUCUCAACCUAUGAUUUCCAAUGAUACAGAAGAUGAGGCGAGCGGUGACUUUGAUACCGGUGGGGAGCACAUCGUUUCUACAUAUCCGGUGACGAGCAGACCCAGCGCAGCAGCGGUCUCGCCAAAAGACUCUAUUCUGGGGAAAACGGACGUUAUCUGGAAGAACACAUCCACAUUGGGCAAGCUACAAGUGGGAAAUUCGAAAAUCCCCGCUACACAAAGCGCCCCAGCAGAUCCCUAUCUAAACGAUAUCCAAGGCGUAUUGAAUAAACUACACGGAAUGAUCAAAAUUAUACAGCAAGCCGAACAUCAAGCCAAACAGCAAAAUGAGCUGGAACAAGCCAAAAGCAUCAUUGAGAACGUUCAAAAGAUCCAACAACAUACAACGUCACCUGUGUCCACACGUAACCAUCCCCGCGAGUUCCAUCGGUCAGAAGACAGCCUAGAAGCCAAGAACCAAAAAGACUCGCUCAUUCCAAUACCGACUGCAUUUCUAGGAAAACAUGGUACACCGAUAUCUUACGGAAUUCCAGGUCCACAGAUACCCUCGGAACCGAAGAUAUUUGCGGACCCUAAGCAGAUCAAGUCACUCCCCGAAGAAUCAGAGGAAGUGAUCAAAGGAACCUUUGACGAAUUGGAAGACAGUUCAGAGGAUACAUCGAGCUCCCAACUCGGAAACUUCACAUCACUGGACCCGUUUGGACAAUUGGACCCACAAGUCCCAGGCGCUGAAUCGGAUCCUGAAGAGGACAGCGAAGAGACCGGCAUUGAUUUGCCUACUUCUACAGAACCUAUGCCGUUUGAUGCUCUCAAAGGUACUCUUGAGGAAUCUUCGGAAAGUAGCCCCAGCCCAGAACUAAGCAAGAUCCCUCCGCUCGAUCCAUUUGGCCAGCUACAGUCCCAAGUCGAACCUUCUUCAACCCCAUCAAACGUCAAACACUCGCGUCCUUUGUUCUAUAACGGAUCAUAUGAGGGAUCAGGGGAUGACGCACCAGUAACCUCUGACGAAGCCUCGCUCGAAGACUCUUCUGAAGACCCUCCUAGUCCAGAACUCCAGAACAUACCGCCUCUUGAUCCAUUCGACCAGCUGGGUUCUCAACCCGAUAGUCCCGAAGGUGACGAUACCAUAAUUGCUGAGGCGAAACACUCUAUCGAUGAUCUAGAUCCCUCGUCAGAGGCUCCUACGAGCCCCGAACUAGCUAAUCUGCCCCCGUUGGACCCAUUCGGCGAGCUGGACCCUCGAAUUCCGGAUGGUGAUUUCGAUGACAGUGAUGAUUACAAUGGAAUUUACGGGCGAUCGGAACCAUUACUUCCCGAGGAACUCGAGUUAUCAUCUCUUGAUACCUUUCUCGAUCCCGAAAUUUUGGAGGUUGACUACGUAUACGACGGUGACGAUGGUAGCGGAUACGACGAAGCUCAGGAGAUGACCAAACAGCACGAGAUUGUCACUACCGCUGGGUCUGUAACAGUAUGCAGUUUCUCGGAAGACGAAUCUGCGUCGCAGCAUGUGUGUUGGACUAUACCAGCUGGAGAAGAUAUGGGAGAUGAUGAAGAGGGUGGCACGACUUUUCCGCUCGCAGCAGCAGCAGCAGCAGCAGCAGAUGGUUCCGCCGAUGAUCUUGCGUGGAAGUUGUCUGUCCUUGCGGACCAAGCAGCGAAAGGAAUCCCAAUGCACGCAGAUGAAAAUGCAGGAGAAGAGGGUGUUUAG